CGCCCGAGGAGUGCGGUCCGUGGAAAAACAAAACCCCGCAUAACAUCAAAACCCGCAUUUUACAGCCAACUACCGCCCGGAAUCCGUUUUUCUGUGUCGGAUUUUACGUUUCGCAGCGACAGACGCGGGUUUUCGCCGCUCUUCGGGGCCGCGCGGGCGGUGUUGUUUAUCUGUAGUAAGGGGGGGCUUGAAACCGACCUCCCUUGCCCCAUUUCCUCGGUUGUUUUCCUUCUCUCGCCUGGAUUCUCCAUGUUGUUGGUGCAAAAGUGACGGCGGAGGGGGGCUGCUCGGCGGCUAUCACCACCAAAUAGUAGCGGUACACCCGAGGAGACGGAGCGGGCAGAGAGUCGGAUAACCUCCGGGAAACAUAUCCAAGUGCCUCGCCCCCCCCUUUGCCUCCUCCUUCCUCCCGAGGCAGCCGACUGAAGAACAAGAAGCAUCGGUGUGGAGAAGAAAGAAACCAGGCAGGGACGAGAUAAAUCCGGACCGUAACUGAGGCGGGUCACACGGACGGUAACCUCGGUGAAUACUGCUGCUUAGAGUCGCCUUAUCAAAACAAAAACAAAAAAAAAAAACCCCAAUGAGGGACGCCCAUCAUCAGUGCUCGGGGACAGGAUUUGAGGAUUUUGAGGGCUCCGUGAUUGUCAGAUGGAAAGUUCUGUUAUCACCCAAGUGCAGAAAGAAGACGUCCAAGUGUCACCGAAAGCAGGCCAGGUGAGCCGCUCUGCCCUGAAACAGCCUCGGAGCUGUAACAUCUUCAAAGCACUCUUCUGCUGCCUCAAAGUCCAGGAUGGCCCCAAACCGCCUCAGCCGCCACUGCCGCCGCCUUCCCAGCAUGCCCUGCUGGAGUCGCAGGAAAAUGGGACGGUUGUCAAGCCAUCAGAAGUUAGYCUCCUGCCUGAGCUGAAUGCCGAGGACCAAGGGAAGGUCUGCGUGGUCAUAGACCUGGAUGAGACCCUGGUGCACAGCUCCUUCAAGCCCAUUAGCAAUGCAGACUUCAUCGUGCCGGUGGAGAUAGAGGGGACCACACACCAGGUGUAUGUCCUGAAGAGGCCGUACGUGGAUGAGUUCCUGCGGAGAAUGGGAGAAAUGUUUGAAUGUGUGCUGUUUACAGCCAGUCUUGCUAAGUAUGCGGACCCAGUGACGGACCUGCUGGAUCAGGGCGGCGUGUUUCGGACCCGGCUGUUCCGGGAAUCCUGCGUGUUCCACCAGGGCUGCUACGUGAAAGACCUGAGCCGCCUGGGCAGGGACCUGAACAGGACCCUCAUCCUGGAUAACUCCCCUGCCUCGUACAUCUUCCACCCUAAUAAUGCUAUUCCCGUGGUGUCAUGGUUUGACGACGCAGACGACGCCGAGCUGCUCAACCUGCUGCCCGUGUUCGAGGAGCUCAGUAAGGCCGAAAACGUUUACACCCGGCUGGACCAGCUCCGGGAACAGUAGUUCUGCUCCUCAUUCGCCCAGACAAAGACGCAGCCGCUUCGUUUAACCUUCGCACUCACGUGCAGCUGGUUUGGGGAUCUAGCCCAAACCUGGCGAUCAUGACAACCACUUCUGUUCUUUUUAAAUUUUUUAUUUUUUUUUUAAUAAAAGCACUACAAGAAAAGACUGGGAAUUAACCAAAGCCAUCCCAUUACAAUCACUCCAGCUGGUUUAAAUAUGAAAGUGGAUCUUUUGCCAAAGCAGACGUCUGCCUGCCCUCACUGGACUUUUGGAUAUGGUUUGCUUUAUUGUGCCUUUUAAGGAACAAGAGUGAAAAAAAAGUUUUUUAAUUCCACCAGAUUUUUAUACAUUUAUAGAUUCCUUUUUUUAUAUAAGGAAAUCUAUUUUUAAAUGGUGAACAUUGUUUCUCUAUGCAACCCAGUUCGGUAAUAACAUGGUGUACCUCCUGCGGUCGACAGAUGUGCAGUUCUGUGAAAAAGUCUUAGCCCCCUUUACAGAUUUCUUCUGCUUUUCUUCUUAGAUGUUUCAAAUCAUCAAAAAAAAAACUUUAUUAUUAGACAAAAACUAUUUUUAUAUAAUAAUUAUUGAGGGGAAAAAAGCUUUCCAAAUUCAUUCGGUCCAAUAUAUCUGACAUGAUCUGCGAUUAAUCAUAUUUUUAACCCUGUUGCGCCGGAUUUUCGAGCGUCUGCCUAUAUAAAUCUUCCUUAUUUUAAUUGUAAGUAGUUCUUUAAAUGUCCUGUGAGAUGAUAUACUUACCCAUGUAUCCAUAACAACCGGAACUUUCAAUAUCCAGCAAGUUAUUUUCGCAAUAUACCGCCUAUUAAACGAGUGCCCCCACCCAACCCCCAAUUAAUUACGCUCUCUGCAGCUGCGAAGUUUCCGCAUUAACCCGAAACUUGCUGGAAAGUGCAACGUCUGCCUUUUUAGAAACCGUUGGAAUUUUUCAGAUAGCGCUACGUAUGGCGGAAUUACGAUACUGCAAAUUUAGAGGUGUCUGCGCCGACACGUCCAGUCUAGAAGGGUUAAGGUUUAAUUUCACUAGCAACACUUUUUAGAAUCGAGGAAGUUAAAUAGUACUUGUCUGAUGACACGAAGUAGCCCGAAAGAUCACACAUUAUCCUCUGACCUAAACAUAAACGAUCCCUGAGACCUAUCGGUUUGGAAAAGUUUACAAUGCCGUUUUUAAAGAUGCAUGCUUUCAUCAAACUCGAGUUUGUUUGCCUAGAAAGUUUGGUUCGUUUGGAGAAAUGUGAAUGCGAAAGCGAACUCUGAAAAACCCUGGUCUGGGCUGAAGUGAACUCUGGACUGGAGACCAGCGGGCUAAAGCGCAGGGCAUUCUGGGUAAAUACAACCAAAACAAACGCGCCAUGUUGCAAUUUUGGUCCCCAGUUGAGCCGAGUCUACCAGACUCUGAGGAGUUAAAACGGCGUAAGGCUGAAGGACGAUAUCAUAGAUGAAGACAACAUGGGUCAGAAAUAUGAUCAUCCAGUGGCUUUAGCCUGGAUCGUCAAGCCAAAUGUUGCCUGGGCCAACCGUUUUCCACUGUAGAAAAAAAAAAUAAUCACUGCCAGUUAUUGAAAAUGCUUUAUUUAAACUUAAUGAGUUUCCCUACACUCAUUACUGCACACCCCCUUUGUUAAACAGGCAUAUUUGGUAUCCAUGGCAACGUCAGACUCUUGGCUAGAAGCUGAUGAAAAGCAUUUAUGGUUUAUACCCAAGACAAAUGUCAGUGAUCAGGAACCUUAAUCAAAAAGACAUUGUAUGGAGUUCUGGUAGUGUCAAAAAAGUAUAAAAUUUUUUGUAAUUUUUUUUUUUUAGUAAAAUGUGCCUAAAUGUCUUGUAAUUUUUCUUUUUUUUUUUUUACCCAGGAUUUCCAUAAAAUACCCUUCAAGUGGAAUCAGAUAUUACAAUUUCUUGUUGUUUUACUACAAUUGGGGGAGGAAAAAAAGAUAAAUGAUUUUAGACAUGCAAAAUCCCCAGUUUUAUAGCUAUUAUUUCACUAAAACUUCUGUAAAUUUGUUUUAGUUUCCCUGAGCUGUGUCAGUCUUUGCCCAGGUGGAUCUAUGAUUUUCAGAAGUCUAUAGCCUUAUUUAUAUUUUUAAAAGGUUUCUAUGCUAUAUAAUGUAAAAGAUACAAAUUAUUUAAUAUUCCAGCCUUCUAAAACUAUAACAGGUGCUGUGAUGCUUACACUUCUGGUGGAGUCUCUAUUUAGAUAUUGCUUAUUGAACGAUUAUUCCAGUUGUAGAGGGUGAAGGUCUGAGAUGAAGAAGCAAAAACUGGAGAAGUCUUUAAGGGGGCGAAUACUUUUUAUGGAACUGUAAAUGUUGCUGUAUGCUUUUUUUUAUAUAUACAUCAAAUCAAAGUGGAUUCUACUCAUUUGUGCUGUAAACAAACUUUUUUUCCCCCAAACAUGCAAUAUAAAUAAUCGACUUUCAGAUUGAUAUGGUUGAGUAAACGGGCGAAGAUCUUUGGUCCGAUGUAAACGGUUACACUGGAUAAGCUGGCACAUAGGAUGAGCGUAAACGUUAAGAGUUUUCAGACAAUACUUCAUUUGUUACUGUGUUUUUCUUUCUUUCCAAACGACAAACAGCUUGCACUCGUUUUAUAUCGACAGUGCUGAAAGUAAAAACUGUGCCUUUUGGAAACGGAGGGACAGAGAAACGCCUGAACAGAGAUUUUGGAGGCCUGCACACUCCCUGGUGUCAUGCUGAGCGUGAGAAAAAAACACUGUCAGGAGCAAACAGGUGGGGAUGCCAGCAGCUCUGGUACUUACAGUGCAACACUUGAAGCUAUCAAAUUUGAUAUUUUGAAAUUGCUAAGUGUUUUUUCUAUAUAUAUUUAUUGGCCAAAAUAAAGUUGUAAUUGUCCAGAACUUCUUAAUGCGCAACAUUUUAUAUUGUGAUCCAUUUUGCCUGUACUGAGGCUGGCCUUGUGUUUUGCUGUUUAUCUGUGCCUAUAUAACACCUUUUGCUGAUGGAAUAAUCCUCAACCUGUUCAAAUAUAAUUUACAGAACAAGCGUGAAUCUGUGCUUACAUCAUGUUUUCUAUUCAUGUCGUAUCUCAUGAGGUUUUCUUUGGUAGGAUGGUUUUUACGAUGUUUGUUUGAUGCAAUUCUUGCCUGCAUGUUGGUGAGUCAAAUAUGAAAAUGAAAAUGUAUGUUGUGAUGACCAAGAGUAUUUGAAGAAGUCUCAAUUCUUUUGUGUGUUGCAAAAAAAUACAAAUAAAAUAAACUUUUUAUACCUGA